ACCGGUCACAGUGUCUGUCGGGAUUCCUGUGGUGACAAAUCCCUUCCCACCUCACUCCCACACAAGAUUUUUUAUGCUUGUCUUGCCGAAUCUUGCCUCAUCUCAUCUUUGAGAUGAAAGUUUCGCAAAAAAUACUGUAUCGGAAGCUCCAUUUUACUUUUAUUGAAAAUCAUAAUGGUUUAUGGAGGUGAGAAAGGAGAAGAAGGAGUUGUGGUAGGAUUUUCAAAGCUUGACUCGAAUGACAAGGACAUGCAUGUACAUCACGAUUCAACGAAUAACGUUUUAGGAGUUUCAUACGAUGGCAGUGCAAGAUGGAAGCGGAAGACAAUGCAUGCCCGAAUAGUAAUUGCUUUUCUCACUCUGGCACUAACAGCAGUUAUUGUUGUGCUCAUCUUAACACUGGAACUGCAAUUGAAUUGCCAUAAUGCUGGGUCAAAUUCAACUAGGAAAAACUCCUUAAAAGACUCUGUCAAAUUUUUGCUCUUCUCUGACUAUCAUUUUGAUAAUUACUAUGAUAAAAACAUCAAUGAUAAGCCUACAAGCUGUCGUAGACUUGGAAAUUUUUCUAAUGCAAGCUAUAAAGCUCCUUAUGGCAGGAUUGGCUGCGACUCGCCUGGGACUCUCAUUGACAACAUGUUGGAUACAAUAAAAGAACAUGAAGGUGCCAGCUUUGUCUUGAUGACAGGUGAUUUUUCUGCACAUAAAAUGGACCGUUCAUAUUUUGAYAACAAGACAACUACUGCUGAACGCACCCUCAAAAAUAUUGUAAUAUCUGCCAAAAAAACUAAAACAGCAUUUCCUAAAAUUCCUAUAUUCCCAAUGCUYGGUAAUAAUGACCUUCCUGGACACUAUGUUUUACCAGUAAAUAAUGAUUGGUAUACCAAAACACUGGCAUCAUUUGCACCACUUAUUCUGUGUAAUGGAUGUCCAGAUAAUGUGCCCAAACCAACUGAUCUGGAAACUCUUAAGAAGACUUUCCUGGACGGUGGCUACUAUGCUGUCAAUCUUACAAACACAAAUGAACGAAUGAUGCUACUGGUGCUGAACUCUCUCUACUGGAAUCCAUAUGCGAGUGAGCUCUCACAUGGGAACCCUGUGGUACAGGCAGUUGCGCGGAGACAGAUGGCAUGGCUCGAGGACCAGUUGGAGAAAGCCACGCAAUUGAGACAAAGGGUUUUUAUAUCUAGCCAUAUUCCUCCAGGAAUCGAUCCUUAUAACGGAGCGAAUUUCUGGMUGGGGAACUACACUGAAAUGUAUGUGAAUCUAGUGGCUGGCAAAUACAGGGACGUCAUUGCAGGUCAAUUUUACGCCCAUAUACAUAAAGAUGAUUUCCAUCUACAAGUACAAGAAACCCAGACAUCUAAUUCUGUGGAGAAACAGUCGCCCACUAAUAAGUCCUUUGCAAUACUGGUGCCGUCAGUAUCACCCAUCUAUGCAAACAACCCUUCAUUCCGUGUUGGAUWCAUCGACGUUGAAAAACAGGCUUUACUGGAUUAUGACCAGUUUUACUUGAAUAUCGUCAUGGCAACAGAAUUUAACUCAACAAAAUGGCAGUUCGCGUACCGGUUCAGCGACCGUUAUCCUUCCUCUAAUCCUUACAUUGAUGCAGAAAGAAUCUACCAACUAAACCAAGGACUGAUCAACGCGACGAGCGAUAGAACMUGGUUGAGUUACGUCUUUGCGCGCACACUUUUUUACAAUCCUGGUGCGUACUCACGGUUUUCKCUAUACUGCGCAAUGAGAUACGUAUUUGACUCUGAUUACAAGAAGUGUAUCCUGAAAUACAACGUCCCAGGUGGCUGACGCAUUGAUACGUAAAUUAUAUAAAUAGUAUUGAUCGGUUACGUAAAUAAGAGAUUUGAGACUUACGUGUAUUACAAGACAUCGAUUCUGAAGUUCGGUCGUUAAGUUAGACGUAAACUUUGAUCAUCAGAAAUAAACUGCCAACCCCUCUAGCUUUUUUAAUAGCACCUUUAUAAGGCCGGCUCCAGAUUUUGCAAAGAAAGUUAAAUAGUUUUAUAAAAUAAAGUGCGAUAUUGUUUGGUAUA